AUGGUUGUAAUCUCACUCGGUUCUCCUUUGUCAACAUCAUCACUCCAGCCAAUAGUCAGACCAGAGAAGCUGACGGUUACCCUAGGGAAAUCUACGAAUUUUACGUUAAGAAUCAAGAUGACUCUUAAAAACGACGUAGAACUUUAUUUCAUCGGAAAUCCGUAUGUUGUGGUAAAACCACUGUUAUUCAAAGCAACCACUUGCGAAGGUGUGUUUCAUGUUCAUGGACGAAGGCCUAGUAAUGGCCAUCGGCUUGAGAUCCGUAGUUGUGCAACACCGUCUUCGAAUGUCGGGAAUUCAGAAUGUGAUAUUAUCGUUAUCGGUCUCAACUUUGACCUUCUUGCGUUAAAUGUUCUUGGAUAUCUGACUUACUUCGUAUACAACCUUUUCAUGUUUGCUAGUGAAAAGAUUCAAGCACAGUAUCACGAAGCCCAUCCACACAGUCCAAUUCCAGUUCUUUUGAAUGAUGUAUUUUUUGCGUUUCAUGGUCUCGCUACAUGCCUCGCAACCGUUGGACAGUGCUUUGUCUACAAGCGCGGAGGGCAACGGGUCUCACUUAUUUGCAUAGUCAUUAUGGUAAUUUUGAGUCUUUAUGCAUUGGUCUCUGGACUUGCCAUGGCCUGUGGUUAUCUAAAUAUGCUCCAGUUCGUUACCAACUUAUCUUUCAUCAAAAUGGCUGUCACUCCUCUCAAAUACAUCCCUCAGGCAAUUCUCAACUAUAGAAGGAAGAGCACUACUGGAUGGUCUAUAGGAAACAGGCUACUGGAUUUUGCGGGAGGCGGCCUCGGCCUACUGCAGAUGGGUUUACAGUGUUGGAAUGUAGCCGAUUGGACAGCAUUUUAUGGAAAUCCCGUGAAAUUUGGACUUAGUCUCGUUUCGUUGCUUUUUGACAUAUUGUUCAUGAUACAGCAUUACAUACUUUAUCCUCAAAAAAGACGGAAAGAUAGAAGUAGCGAAGGAGAGGAGAAGAAUACUGACGAAUCUAAUAAAUCACAUGAGAAAAGUGACAGUACGAGUACAAAGGAAAGAACAACCAAGAAUCGAAAAGAUUCGCAUGAGAAAAGUGAUGUUAGGCAGAAAGAAAAUGGAGCACAAGAAAAAGAGCAGAUGGAUGAAAGAGGUGAUAAGAGUGACGCAGGGCAAUCUUUGAUGAUGAUUUUGUCGGCUAUUUAA